AUGUCCUAUGAUGUUCUCAAGCUGCUCAAGCCCUAUAUCGGCACCGAGAAAGAUAUGGAUAAGUACGGAAAGAAAGGCCCAGCUUCAGCUGGCAUUCUAAGUCUUAAGCGGCACCAUUGGGUGGUCUUCGCACUCUCCAGCAUCUCGCUCGGCAGUGGCAUUUUCCAUUCCCUGGCUGGGGCGUAUUUCCAGGUUACUUCCACAUCCCGGCAGUGGGACGCGACUGUGAAUAUCGCAGGUAAACCGGCUCUGGGCUAUGACAAGCUUGUGAACCAAUACAUCCCGUUCGUGGAUGCUGCAGGGUUCGUGGACAUGGUUUCCCAGAUCGGCGUCAUGUACUCUCCAUAUACCUUCAACGAUACCAAUGGGUGGUUCCUAGUUUUACCGUCACGGUGGCCCACUGUACCCCCGUUCCCAUUCCAUCACCAGUAA